AUGAUGUUGACCUUAUUGAUUUCCGGUCCUAAACAACCCGGAAAUGAUAUAGACAUCUACUUGGAGCCUUUGAUUAAUGAUUUAAAAUCUUUGUGGGAUGGGAUUAGAGGAGUGUAUGAUGCACAUAAUGGAGAAUACUUUACACUCAGAGCUGCAUUAAUGUGGACAAUUAAUGAUUUCCCCGCUUAUGGAAACUUAUCUGGUUGUGUUGUUAAAGGAUAUAAAGUUUGUCCAAUAUGCGGCGAUAAUACACCUAGUCACAGGUUAAAAAAUGGCCACAAAAUUUGUUACAUUGGGCAUAGAAAAUGGUUACCAAUCAAUCAUCCAUAUAGGAGGCAACGUGCAACUUUUAAUGGGAAACUUGAAUAUGGCACGCCUCCCGAGCCAUUAACCGGAGAAGAAGUGCUGCAUAUGGUUGAAUAUGGUGACAGAGUUUGUUGGAAAAAGAAAUCGAUAUUCUUUGAUCUCGAGUAUUGGAAAUACCUUCUUAUGAGGCAUGUCCUAGAUGUUAUGCACAUUGAGAAGAAUGUUUGCGAUAAUAUCAUUGGUACAUUGCUAGAGAUCCCUGGAAAAAAUAAAGAUGGGAUUGCUGCUCGAUUAGAUUUAUUGAACAUGGGGGUCAAAACUGAUUUGCAACCCGCGUAUGGAAAAAGACGUACUCGUUUGCCUCCCGGGCCUUGGAAUUUGUCAAGAGCAGAGAAGAUAGAGAAUCGUACUCGUCCCGAAGGUUGCAUUGCUGAGCGGUAUAUAGCUGAAGAAGCUGUAGAGUUUUGUACCGAGCAUUUAUAUGAUGUUAGUACAGUUGGAGUGCCUUCAAGCCAAAAGAUGGGAGUUUCAAAGCCAUUAUCAGGUUGCACAGUGAGCGUAGUUGAUCGAGACCUGUUGAACCAAGCACAUCUAUAUGUCUUGGAGAAUACAGAGGAAGUCCUACCUUAUAUCGAGCAACAUAUGAUCCACAUCAAGACCGCUUAUCCAAAAUUUAGAAAGAGAACAAAGUGGCUGCAGGAUAAGCACAAUAGCACUUUCAUUCAAUGGCUACGCUUCAAGGUUCAAAGUGAACUUAAUGAGGAAGACAAUCAUGGCGUAUCAGAAAAUUUAAGGUGGCUAGCAGCUGGUCCAAACAUGGCAGUGCCAUCAUAUAGGAGCUAUCUUAUUAAAGGUAUUAAAUUUAACAUCAAGGCACAAGAUGAUGUGCGGACAACUCAAAAUAGUGGAAUUUAUUUACUUGCACAUACCAUGCAAGUUGCUAGUGCCAAGGAUAAAAACCCAAUUCUCUCAAAUAUGGGUUUCUAUGGUGUCAUUCAAGAAAUUUGGGACCUUGACUACCAAAAGUUUACAAUCCCAGUCUUUAGGUGUGAUUGGAUAGAUAGUACUUCUGGUCUUGUAGUCGACGAACUUGGAUUUACCCUUGUAGAUUUGAGUAAAAUUGGACAUAGGAAUGACCAAUUUGUUUUGGCUUCUCAAGUCAAACAAGUAUUUUUUGUUGACGACACGAUGCAUCGUGGUUGGUCGGUAGUGUUAUCAAUGCCUAAUAGAGAAUAUAAUGAUGUUAUUGGUGAUGAUGAUGUCUUAGGUGAUGUGAGAAUUGAGUGUGAGCCAUUUACUAGAGGGAUGCCAAAUGUUGACACAUUUGAUGAGUUAGUGGGUGAGUUUGGGAGUCAAAAUAUUCGAGAUGGGUGUAAAGAUAUAUGGAUUGAAUGA